UCGGCCCUCGGAGCUUGAGCCGGACGUACGUACGAUUAACAACCUCUUCGCGCUCUCGCUUCAUUUCCCUCUGGUUCAGUUUUUUAUUUUUUUAUUAUUUUUUUUAUUGUUGUUUUCUCAUCUCUUGCCCCGCUGUGACUCGCACAACCCUUCCACGUGUGCUGUAACAGUUUCAUUUAUCGAAAGUGCAAAUUGAUUGAUAAACCUUUCGGAGGAGCCGCAGUGAUCGAUAACCAUUUCAACAAUUUGUUUGCGAUUAUCUCGGUUGUGGUUUGCCUUUUGGUCGAGGAUGACGAGCCGAGCUGGGCAGCUCUGAGCUCGGCACCCCUUCGGAGCUGCGGAGAGACAUGUGCGAAGCCGUGCGGCAUCGCCAGCAAACCGAUUGGCACAUGAAAGCCGAACUCGAGUGCGGGGCCAUGAGGGGCGCGACGGUGUUGGGCCUGCCGGCGGGCACCCUGUCGCCCCCGGUGACAUUGUCGCCCCCCAACAGCCCGUCCAUCCACCCUUGGAGUCCCUCGGGCACGACAAUGGGCAACCAGCAGCCCGCGGGCACCCACGAGAGGACGAGCGCCUUCAGUCUCGUGUCCGCCGGGUACAACGGGGACCUACCGAGACUGCCCUCCUCGACCGCCCUGCCCAACAGAGGAGCGGAGAUGCGUUGCAACCUGACGAUGUACGGGGGUUACGGUAGCGUGGCCACCUGGUGGGCCCAGCAGGCCAUGGCCGCGGGUCUCCUGCUGACCCCGGCCCGUCCAACCUACCCGAGCCAGGCCCAACAGCACGAGGACGCCGUCGGCGCGAGCAUGCAAGCUACCGAGCCACCUACCUCGGCCAUGGAACCGUCCCCGCGGAGGUGCACACCCGAAAAGGCCAGAUACCUGGAAGAGGCCCCGCUGAAUCUGAGCACGAAGCCGAGCGACUUGUCGAGCUCCCGUUUGAUCGGCGUCGGCCACCACCGUCAAACGAUCGGCCCCCAAACGAGCCGCCAUCAACAGGGUCGGGCCAAAAGCGAGAUCUGGUCGCCGGGGUCGGUGUGCGAGCGCGAGGCCCGCGAGACCCUGGGGCCAGCCUCGGUGGAGCGAGAGUCUCGCUCGGGUCGCAGCUCGCCCGCUGGUACCAUUGGCGACAACGAGCCCAUGGUACUUCAGAUGCCCAGGCAGCACUACCUACCGCCCACCCCGCCCUCGGCAGAGCGGACCUUUCAGUGCAAGCAGUGCGGCAAGGCGUUCAAGCGGUCGAGCACCCUGAGCACCCACUUGCUCAUCCACUCGGACACGAGGCCCUACCCCUGCCAGUACUGCGGCAAGAGGUUCCAUCAAAAGUCCGACAUGAAGAAACACACCUACAUACACACCGGUGAGAAGCCGCACAAGUGCGUGGUCUGCCAGAAGGCCUUCUCCCAGAGCAGCAACCUGAUAACGCACAUGCGCAAGCACACGGGGUACAAGCCCUUCGAGUGCAACCUCUGCGACAAGGCGUUCCAGCGUAAGGUCGAUCUGCGCCGGCACCGCGAGGGCCAGCACCCGAGCGCCCCGGCCCUCGAUUACCGCUCCCUAAGGGCGCCCUGCCAAUCCAGCCCCGACACCACGACCACCCUACCCCCCGAGCCCGAAACCACGGCCUACACCGACAGCUGAGGACUCCCACCCGCCUACCCAUAAAUUCCACACUUUCAUUGGCUUUUCGUCUUUGGAUCACCACGGCUGUACACAACAAUGGACCCGAUGGAUGCACCUCGUUUGUACACAUACAAAUAUAUACGCAAUGCCGAUUACACACGCACGGUACGUGUUGGCUGAAAUCGAAGAGGGUUGGGGAGGGGGGGGGAAGAAAAAAAAGAGCGCCCCGUCACGAUUUUCCCGAAGAGGAGUCCCCCUCCCGAAGCUUCCGAGCUGUUCGUCUUUGGCUCUGAUGGUUGGCGCGCGCCAGCACCUGUUGAGGAUAUAAUAUACGGAGAUAACGAUCGCCUCCCUGCUUCUUCUUCUUCUUCUUCUUCUUCUUCGUGUUUUUCCUCUUGCAUUCCACGCGCGCGUCCGUUGCGUUUGUGUAUACAUAGGUAAUGUGCGCACAGGGGCGAUCGUACAAGGUGCCCGGGGUAAAUUUUCGACUUGUAUAUACAUCAGGACGGUUCGUACUUGCCCUGUAUUGUAUUUGUCAUUGAUACACGUGGCCUUUGAGUGCCUUGCGUUUCACGCGUUUUGUUCUUUUUUUCUUUUUUUUUUGACGAAAAUGAUGGGUAUCCAUUUGUAUAACUUUCCGAUGGAAUCAACAAUCUCUCAUAGUAUGCAGAUAUAUAUAUAUAUAUAUGCUCACCGGUAGAGAUAAUAAGUGUACAUGGCUAUAUGCGUAUCUGAAUGCCGAGCGAGUGAGUCGACUCGGUGUUUUUGUGAUGAGUAUAUGUAUAUAUAGGGUAUGGAUCACGGGAGGCCUUACCGGGAGUGUUUCAAAAAUGAGCGUUAUCCGAGCACAUGAAGUUUGAACAGUUGCGCUCGAGGAGUGGAGGAAUAACAACGCCGAGGUAUUUUUGGCUUUUAUCGAUUUUUUUAUAAUGUGCGCAUCACCUAUGCAACCAUCGAGAUGAUGUGGUUAUUGCCGCGGAGAUGGCGCACUUUUUUUUUUCAUUUGGAGGGGGCAAGAGUUCGAAAAGGGCUCUUUCGGGGGUCAAAAAUGGUGGGCGAUAUUGCACCGAUAUUUUUACGCAUAUUUGCACUUUAUUGUACCAUAAUAGCACUCGUGCGUGCGUUUUUUUUUUUCGUUCAACAUGUAAAUAUUAAUAUUCACGUGUCAUAGUCCAUCGAAGCCAAAGCCGUACGUGAUUUCGAAGGAAUGUUGACGUGCGUUUGAUGAUUUGCGAUGUUUGUUAUCGGUUUUGCAUCGGUUUUCGCCGAUCGCGAUAGUGCAGCAACAUGUUUGAUCGAUUGCUCAUCGAAAUACAACAGCUGUCUAUUGUUGCUCGACCAAUUUUCACUUUGAUGGAAAACGAACGAUUCGUCGUCCAGUCGAUUCGCUGCAGCUACCGCGUCGAUGUGUACGUAGAUCGGGAAAAUGAUGAAAAUUAAAAUUGUGUAAGGGAAGGGUGUAAAAAAAAAAACCAAUGAGUGACUUUAACCAUGAUUAUUGGUAUUCUUUCUUGUAUCGUGGAGCAAAAGUUUCAUAACGGCUAGAGGACCAAAGAUAGCUUAAGGCACUGUUUACCAGAAAAUAAAGGCUCGAUCGCUUCGACGGCGUUUGCUCUGUAACUCACGAGGUGGGAAAAAAAAAAAAAAAAAAAAAAA